GGUCAACAAUCUUAGCAGCGAGCAUUUGGAGUCAGUGACUCUGGCCAUGCCGCGCCAUGGUGCAGCCCUGCCCCUUUGAAAUCCUUGGCAUCAAGGAUUUUGAUGCACCAUCCUCGGCCAUCGAAAGUGCAUUUCGUAAGAGGAGCUUGGAUUGCCAUCCGGACAAGAAGCCAGGAGAUCCAACUGCCAAAGCUCAAUUUGAGGCCACCAUCGAGGUCCUUUUGGACCCAGUGCGACGCGCAGCGGCACAAAGCUCUGCCUCCACCGCUCGUCGGAGUUGCAAGGGCCCCUUCACCAGAUUUGCCCAAUGCAGAGCUGCAGCCCAAAGAGCAGGUGCAAAGUCAAGCGGAAAGCCUCCACGGCCUGCGGAAACUCCUUCGCAACCCACACAAGCAGAGCAGGCUCCGGGUUGUGGGCCGGAGAAGCCCCGACAAAGCCAAGGGGCUGAUCCUGAGAAAGUGGCAGCUGGAAUUUUCUUCCGGCACUUGGAAAGAGAGCGGGAGAAGAAGGAAGGUCCUCGAGAGUAUAUUCUCCCUCGACCGCGCUUUGGAAAAUCGGCUGAGGAGCCGCCGCCAGUGCGAAUUGGCCUUGAAACGAGGCACAGGCCGAGACAUUCCGGAGUGCAAGAUGGUGCAGGAGUGUUUGCGAAGGUGAAAAAGCUAUCCGAGAUGGCCCAGCCAAGCCCGCCUUUGUGGGUUGGAGGUGACGUGCCAAGGACGCACAAUGUACAUAGUCAAAAGGCUGGCUCAACAGAACAGGUCAAAGAGCACUCUGUAGAACCAGAAAAUGUGAAGAGAUGCGAGGAGCGGUCGAAUGAAGAUGGUGAAGUUAAGGCCGAAAAGCAAGUGAAGCGGAGCAGAUGUGACAAGGGCGCCGCAAGAGGGCCAUGCCCUCCACUGCCAUUGCUGUUGCCGACAACGGAUAGGGCAGCACUCGUGACAGCUAUUGGAGAUGUCACUGGGGCACACAAAUCUGAUGCUCGUGUACUGGCGCGUGUGGUCGAGAUUCUCCGUGAAAAAGGAGGGCAAGCACCGUUGGCAGUCUUGACUCGGAACCCAAAGCGAUUGCAGACUAUUCUGUCGCGACACGCCCAACUCCUGGAAGUGUACUUGCCUGGGAAAUACUUGGCUGGCACAACUUUGCAGGUGCACGUGCGGCUGCGUGGAGCGGAGCUUCAGCGUGCGGUGGAGUGCUUCCAACGCACCGUGCAGGCCAAAGCAAAAGCCGGCAAACUGUACGGCUUGGCCAAGGCGGAGAAGUGUGCAAAGUACGCGCAUGUGGUGCGCAGACACAAAGCCACGGUCAAGUCUCGAAGGCCGUGCAAGCGCCUUUCUGGGGUUGUGGAUCUUGACUCCUCUGAGGGUAGCUGCUGUGAAGCGGUACAAAAGCAGACCCCAGCCAGAAGGCACAAACCCGCUGAACUGCUGCCGAAGCAAAUUCGAAUCCCAAUCUACAUGGAGCAAAGCGAACCGGACAGCUCUGCUGGCUCUUUCAAAGCUGCCCACAGCCAAGAAGGUUGUGACCAAAGUGCGAACAAACUGCAUGAGCAAACAAGUAUGUCGUGUGACGCUUGCGAAGCCGAUCAUAGUGAAGCUGAUCGGCUGUUGCACCGUGCCUAUGCUCAUGCUGUGGGGAGGUGGAAGGCAUCAAGCCCUUCAGGCCCCAGUUCAGGACGCCGCUAUUUCCUGCUUUUGCCAGCGGCCCUGAAGCGGAUGGACGUUUUUCGUGAGUUCAAUAGUCAGCCACAGGUGCUCUACGAGUAUGUGCCCAGCCAGGGAGAAGGCAGAUGUGUGGUAGCAUGGUCGCCUUCUUGUCCAGAAGUGAAUGCGCUGCUUUGGACCGUGCUGCCUCUCCCACCAGAUGACCCUUCCAGUCUUCAGGAAGCACCAGCAACUCCACCUUUGCAGACUGAGGAAGAUGAGGAGGAUGAAAAGGAAUUGCUGGACUCGCCUGAGGAGCUGAUAGACUCGCUGAUUCGAGACGCAGCUGCAGAAGCCGGGGUUCCCCUUGGUUGAGUGUUCCAAAGGCGAAGUAAGCUCAGGAGAUCACAAGGCACAAGGCAGGAAACUUUAAUGGCCAGAUUCCAAAAGAAUCUGACAGCCAAUGUUGCUGGAAAGCACCUGUCAAGUCGGAAAGAAGCUCAGCAACGUUUCACCAAAUUUAGUGAUUUCUCACCAAUCAGUUAGGCUGUGAGAGCCCUCACUUACCGCCCA